UCAGCGUCGUCAGUGUUUUCGCUUCAUUUUAUGGGAGCUAGGGCUGCACCGAGUGUGCGCUUUUCACCCUUUUCGGCGGUUUCUUUCAGAGGUGUAGCUCCGGGAUUCGGUUCUGAGGCGUUAUGUCAAGUUAAUUUAGGUUGAAGCAUUUCGAUUUAGAGCGGUUUCGGGCUGUUGCGAGCCGCAUUGCUGAAGCCUUUCUGUGACGAGGACAAAUUACGAUGCGAGUCACCAAUCGUUAUGUUUCUGCAAGGCGUAAUUGGUAGAGUUGCAAGGAGCAAUGGCUUAACGGAUUAGGAGAGGAGAGGAGAGGAACCAAUACGGCGGGAGAAGAGAUGCCUUAGCUUAUGAGGAUCGUUGACAACACACAGAUUGUCCUUUUCGGGUGGUAUCUGGAUCAGGAAAUUCGUUAGCGUAUGUUAAACAAUUUCAAGGGAAGUAGUUGAUGGAGUCAGUUACCAGGAUGGACACCGAGGAUGUUAAGACCAAAUUGCACGAGAUUAAAGAGGAAGAGGGCGUGAAAGCAAGAGAGGAUGUGAAGGGCAUAGAUGACGUGAAGAUCAGAGGGGAUGGGAAGGCCAUAGAGGACGUGAAGGCCACUGAGGAUGUGAAGAGCAAAGAGAACGCGAAGCCUAGUGCUGAAUCGUGGUGGGACUGGACCAGUGGAAAGACAAAAUAUUACCCCCCGGAUGAUGCUCCAGAUUCGGAAAAGAAAUCUUAUCUUGAUGGGCUUGUUCCAAGAUGUUUGUUCAUCGAUUCAGUAUCACCGGCUGUGACUGCAAAUGUUCUUGUAGCUGCAUUGGAUCAGUUUGUGGAUGUAGAGGCUGUCAAACUUUUGAAGUCUCCACUUACCCAAACUCAACAAUCUGGGUUAGCGAUAGUAGCAGUGGCCAACCUGACGCAGGCAAAGGUUCUGAAAAAUGUUAUGGGAGACUCCUUGUUUAUGAUUGGUGGCUUACCGAGAUCUGCUCGGUGCCAUUUUGUCAAGGAAGCUAUGCUUAUGGACCAUCCUUUCAGAAUCAAUAAGUGUGUUUUAAGGUUCGUGAACAAGGAUGACGAUGAUGCUACCUUCGCCUUCGCAAAGCGUCGUAAAUUUGAGAGGCACGAUUUAGAAGCGUCUUGUCUACUUCAGGCACAGAAACAACGAGAAGAAGAUCUUGCCAGCCAGCAAGACGAUGCAUACUUAGAGUAUAUGAAAAGGCUCGCGGGGAUAACAAAGAACCCUAAUCGUGAUGAAUAUCUUGAGCUAAAAGAGUUGUUUAAAAAUUACAACUUAUUAAGAUGAGCAAAAAAAAUGCCUUCGUUUCGCCACGUGACAUUAUUCUAAGAAGAGUUCUUCUAUGGGUUCGUUCCUAAGAGGAGUGCUGGUAAAGCUUAAAAAGCCCAUUCAAGUCGAGUGUCUAAAUUUUUGAAGUGACCCAUGUGAGCUCAGAAACAAGUGGGAGCUGUAAUGAACCUUAAUAUCAAGACUCGUGAACUCAUUAAUACCCCUCAUUCCAAGAAUCUCCUGUUUUUUCGCAGAGAGUUUCACGGAGGAAAUCAGAGAACUGAUCAAAUCGCUGCCCACCUGCGUCAGACCCUGCAAAUGACAAUGUGCCGCACUAGAUUGCGCUGCUUUUACUGGAAUUCAUUGUAACAUAUCUCACCUCGUACACGUUGAAAUUGAGACACGACUAUGCAUGUGGGCUGUUUGUAUUGUUGUAAUGAA